AUGGACAGACAGCCACAACUGAUGUCAAGGUCAUAUAAGAGAACAUUGAGCUCAGGGUCUGUGUCAUUGUCACCACAAGGGAUACAGCUAAAGCGGAAGAAGUUUCAAAAUGAUCCUCUAACACCUGCAAGGAAGUUGGGCGGCUCCAUGUUAACGAUGAUCCCUGACCGGUUUAUUCCUAAUGAGACAUCUAUAAAGGCUUACCGGACAUCUCCCAACUUGCGGAAUUUUGAUCUUACGAUCAAUGAACUUGUAGAUCCUGAUUCACAGAGGAGGUUGCCGUCACCGGAGUUCUUUACAUCGCAGGAUUUGCUGUUGAAUCAGUUAAUACUUACUCCGGAUCCGUCCCCGUUGGCUACAAAGGAGGUAAAAACAAGGUUAAACGAGGAGUUCAAAAGACACAGAGAAUAUAUAGCUGAUGCGCUUGGGUUCCAAUCACCAGAGCGGGUAUACAAGUUUGAUAAGAUACAGAAGACGCUAGAUAUUUCGCCUAAUCAUUCCAUUGUUGAUCCAUUGCUUUCGACGCUACCGCCUAAGGAUGCUGCACAGUAUAUCCACAAACAAGAGUUCCCCAAUUUUCAACAGUCGAAGAGAUUUGUGCCUUGUGAUUUGAGACCGACCAAAAGAACCAAGUCUCAUAUUCCGUAUCGUGUUCUUGAUGCUCCGGCGCUACGAAAUGAUUUUUAUUCGAAUUUGGUUGACUGGUCUCCGGCGACAAACAAUGUUGUAGUUGGAUUAAAUUGCUCAGUAUAUUUAUGGUCAGAUACCUUAGGUCCGAUAAAUGUACUACAUCAUGGUUAUCUACAGAAGAAGGGGGACAUUGUUACGUGCGUUUCCUUUGCGCCAACAGAUGACUAUUUGGUGGUGGCUACAAAGCUGGGGCGAUUGCUCGUAUUCGAUCAAUCUUAUAAACCAAAGGUUAUGGUAGAUGGUUCUAGGCAACCUCUCGUAGAAACUAGAAUCAAUAACAAUAGAGGUAUUUGUUGUGUUAAGUGGUUCGAAAAUGCAAAAAACGAAUUCCUUUUGGGCAAUGACAUAGGUGAGGUCCAUAGAUUUAGACUAGAACAUAAGAAAUUCGAACACUUUGAAAUCAUUACCAUGGGAGAAGCAGAAAGAAGGUUAAGAGUAGGGAAAGAAUUGAAUGGUCAUGUAUCAGGUGUGGAGCGGGUGAAACAAAAAUCUUAUAAUAUCAAGGAAACUUUAGUAAAAUACGUGUAUGAUACAAUGGAACUUUGCUUAGAAAGCGUUUAUACGUUCCAAUCUCAAACACAGCAAGUUUGCGGAUUAGACAUUAGCGAAGAAACAGGUUUUGUCGCUGUCGGCGGUAACGAUAAUUCUUGUAGCUUAUGGGAUAUAUCCCUGCCAAACGGCCCGCCAAAGCUACUCUUCCAAUUACCCCACUAUGCUGCUGUGAAAGCUCUGUCAUUCUGUCCGUGGUCUAAAUCCUUAUUGGCCACGGGGGGAGGCAGUAAAGACAGAACAAUCAGAUUCUGGCAUGCUCCUUCAGGGACUCUAUUGAAAGAAAUAAAAACCCCCGGCCAGAUAACUUCUCUCAUCUGGUCCACCAGAAGAAAGCAGAUCGUCGCUACCUUCGGCUUCAGCGACCUUGAGAGCCCCACGUUGUUCAUAAGCUAUUCCUACCCAAGCAUGGAACCCAUCAUGAAAGUAACAACCCCAAGCGCCUUACGAGUGCUCAGCGCCGUGUCCUCCCCAGACUUCUCAAGUAUAUGCAUUGCUACAAAUGAUGAGACCGUCAGAUUUUACGAAAUGUGGGAUCCUAAAGAAUCUACCAUUAUAGAAGCCCAGGCCGCAGGUUUAUAUGGAAGCGAAAUUAUCGAACACGAGGAAGGCAUAGAACGCGAUACUAAGCCCAUCAGAUAG